UGCAGUGCUAGAUUCGGUAUUGAUAACUUUGCCACUCAUACCGUCUGUAUGAGUGAGGAGGAGAAGGUACAAGGCAGGCUAUACAAGGGUCCAAAGUACAAUCCAAAUCAAAAGCAACCACAACAACAACAGAAUGGAAACAACAACAAACCAAAUGGUGCCAACAACAAUAACAACAAUAAUAAGAAUAAUAACAACAACAACAAUAAUAAUAAUAUAAACAAUAACAACAAGAGAGUUAAAGAAGAAGAGAAAGAAGAGGAAGUUAAAGAUAAUGGAGUAAAGAAGUUGAAGACUGACAACGAUGUCAAGUCUGAUAACAAAGUUAAGGUUGAGGAGGAGAAGAAGAAGAUUGUCGUCAAGAAGGAUGACAGUGAUAAUGAGUCUUCAAGUAGCAGCAGCAGCAGUAGUGAGAGUGAGGAUGACAAGAAGGUCAGCAGUAGCAGCAGCAACAGUGAGAGUGAUAGCGAGGAUGACAAGAAGGUCAGCAGCAGCAGCAGUAGUGAAAGUGAGAGCGAGAGUGAGGAUGACAAGAAGGCUAGCAGCAGCAGCAGUAGUGAAAGUGAGAGCGAGAGUGAGAGUGAGAAGAGUGAUAGCUCAUCAUCGUCCUCAUCCUCAUCUUCAUCUUCAUCAUCCUCCUCCUCAUCAUCAUCAAGC